CGACGAUGAGCGCCCCCCAAGCCCCAGCAGCAGCCCUCACGCCAGCAGCCAUAGCCUCCGACCUGCGCGCACUGCAGGCCCUCCCGCCGUCCGUGCUGGCCCAGCUGAUCGACCCGUCCGCCCAGCCGGCGGGCGCGAACCCGCCGGACGCGGCAACGCAACUGAAGACGUACGCUGGCGCCGCGGAGCCCGGCGUCAGCGCGAGCCUGGGCGUCGCGCGCGCGUACGCGGCCGAGAUGCGCGCCCAGGCUGAGCGCCUUGGCGCGCUUGGUGCCGUCGGCGGGGAGGACGACGCCGUCGGCGCGCGCCUGGGCGAGAUCCGGGGCGCUGCCGACGAGGUGCGCGCCGCUGUGGAGGACUAUGCUGCUGCCGUCGAGGGGAGGUAGCGGUGUGAUGACUGGCGACACGGGACACGAGGCAACGACACGGUUGAGACGACACGACGAGGCGGCCCGCGCACAUUGCCGUCAACGGCCACCACACAUUGCGGGGUACUGCUGGGCCAUACGCUGUGUGCGCUACACUGCUGCGAUGCAGAUACGUAACGUAGACGCACAUGGGGGCACUGCCCCGAGGGCAGAGCACAUACCUAGCCCAGCCGUCCAACCACCGCCGCCGCGCGGAACCACCACCUCAAGAGCCACAGGCCCUCGCUCGGCGCUACGCGCCUCGCCCACGCCCCGCCUGAUACUACAACAUGC